GUCUACGAUAAUCCAUUGAGAUCAUGGAUUGUUCCAGCUGAGGUAGCAAUCCCGAGCGAGUUGCAUAUAAACAUUGAGUGUGGUAAAUGCUACCAUAAUCUUUUUUCCGGUACUCUUAAAAACAGUACAAACUCGACAAGCCCAAUGAGUGAAGCUUUCUCUCGGUAG